AUGACCAAUCCAACAUCGUCGCCAUUUGUUGAGUCGCCAUCAAUUCAAAAUGAUGUGCUUAAAGACUAUGCUACUGAUACCUCAAAGCUUGACUCCAAAAUCCACGUCUCCAAGCUAGAAUUUCAAAUACAAACAUUAAAAACUGAGAAGGAACUAUGGGCAAAGGAGAGGCGAUCGAUUGUAUCACAAUAUGAGGAUAAUAUUAAGCAAAAGAACAAAGAAAUAGAGGAGUUGAAGCUAAAUAUAGAUUUUGUAUACAAAGAGAAUGAACAAUUGGGAUCCAAGUUCGACAAUUCAAGCGACAUUUCACAGGUUCGAUUGAAUGAGUUGAAUCAAAAGUAUAAGGAUUUGAAAUCUCGGAAUAGCAAAUUGGAGUCCGACUACCGUAGCUUAGUUGAUAAGAACGACAGGUUGAUUAGAAAGCACAAACAAGUGACGGCUGAUUGGAACACUCAAAUCAAGGUUAAUGAUGAGUUGAGUAAUGAAUUGAAAGUACGAGACCAGGCCAUCCAAACAUUGCAGGAAUCAAAUGAGGAACUUGUUGCGAAACUGGAACAGUACACCGAACUUUUCAAAAAUGAUGAAUCGUUGUUCAAAAAUAAUCAAAUUCUUAUGAACAAGAAUACAAGCUUGCAAAAGACAAACAACCAACUUCAACUAAAAAUUGAUCAACUCUUACAGAAACUGACAUCAAUUGAAUUGUUGAAGCAGAAAAAUAUGAGCUUGUCAAAGACCCAGGACCAAUUAGAGGAGUUAAAGUGUAAGUACCAGAAGUUGGAGGUAGAGAAACUUGAAAUAGAGGCUAAAUACAAUGAUUACUUUCAAAACUUAGAGAGAACUAUUGUUGAUGAUGAUAAUUAUAACCCAGAGGAGCCAGAAGUGACAAAAUCAUUGAAGGUACAGAAUUUCAUAGACAAGUUCAGAGAGCUACAAGCACAGAAUUUGGCAUUGAAAGAAAAAUACGAUGCCAAGACUAUGGAAUCGAAUGAAUUGAAGCAAGAACUAGAAGACGUUUCGAGACUGAUAGAGCAAGAGUAUCUACCAUUGAUACAAAAAGGUCAGGCAAAAAACGAGGACUCCUCUUACCGAAUAUCAGAGUUGGAAAGAGAGAAAACGUUGUUCACCGCAGAGAUUGAACAUUUGAGAAAACUGUUGAAAGACUUGGAAGAAAUUUUGAACUCCAGAGAUGAAUCAAAGCAUCAAAACAACACCAUGCAGCAGUAUAUCACAAAUUUGGAAAAUUUAGUAGAUCAAUACAAACGUAAGUUGGAUGAGCAAAGUAAGAUGCUGGUAUCAACAGCACCACAGAUUGGUGAAAAGAGGCAACGUUCCGAAGACAAAAGCUUUCGUCAAACAGCUACGGACUUGGAGAAGGAAAAUAUGCAUUUGUUAUCAACUGUCAAAAAAUUGGAGCUUUCCAAUUCCCAAUUGAAACAAAAAUUAGGCUCUUUGGAACUCAUCAAACAAAAGCAAGAAUCGUAUAAGGUUCUCGAAUUAAAGAACAGUUUGCUAUCAAAGGACCAAUUUGUGAAACGAGCAACACUUGAUACGCUACGAAAAGAGAAUGAAGCUUUAAUAGAUAGGUAUGUGAAUCAUCGGCCCAGCACUGACCUUAUCCCAAAAGCUUUAUUCGCAAGACAGGAGGAUGAUAAAGCAGCAUUGCAAUCACAAGUGGAUGUGUUAACUAAAAGAAUAAGCCGAUUAAGAGAUGUUUACACACAAAAAUCUAGAGACAUCCUCAUCACUAUAUCCAGAUAUUUUGGCUACUCAAUCGAGUUUUUACCUAGCACCAUUCGACCAGAUGAACUUUCAUCUAGAUUAAAAUUGUCGUCAAAACUUAUUCCAAAGGAUAAAAACUCGUAUUUAAUACUUGAUAUAGAUAACAAAUCUUUGAAAGCGUUUGGAGAUUAUGAGUUCAAAUCACUUUGUGAGGAGUUGGCCAAUGAGUGGGUUUCAAAGAAUCAAUUUCCUUGUAUGUUGAGUGCGUUGAAUCUUAAAUUAUAUGAAGCUGCAAAGUCUACAUAG